AUGCUUUCCAAUGCCAUCUUUGAUCUGAUCAUGAACUUUGGAAAAUUGUGCUACAGUCCAGAUUUCAAUAAUCUGAAAGGCCCAUUCCUGAAAAGUCUUCCUGAUAGUUUGAAGACCUUCGAAGAAUAUUUGGGUGACAAAACCUGGCUUACGGGUGAAAAUAUUAACUAUCCCGAUUUCAGCCUAUGUGAACUUCUGAAUCAAUUAGAAAAGUUUGAGCCAUCUUGUCUCAGUAAAUUUCACAAAUUGAAGGCCUAUCUGACUCGUUUUGAGAAUCUACCAGAACUGAAGGAGUAUAUGUCCUCAGAGGAGUUCAAAAAGCGAGAUUGUGCAUUCUCUUCAUCAGCUUGCAAUUCUAAAACCAUGCUUGGACAGCAAAUUCGCCUCUUAUUGACUUACUGUGGUGAGAAGUUUGACCAGGAGUUCUAUAUAGCUGGACCCGCUCCCGAUUUCUCAAGAGAGCAGUGGCUCUCGAAGAAAUUCAAUCUUGGACUAGAUUUUCCAAAUCUUCCCUACUUGAUAGUUGGUGAUCUCAAACUAACUCAUUCAACAGCAAUUCUUGAAUACAUUGCUGACAGAAAUAACAUGCGUGAGUUCAAGAAGUCUGGAAUUUCUCCGGAGGAAAGAGCAACAUUAUUGAUGGUAAAUCUGGCGGUGAUGGACAUUCGUAACCGAUUUUACGGUUUGACGUUUGGACCUGAUUAUGAGAAAAACAAAGUUGAAUACAUGAAAAACUUGCCAACCGAAAUUAAAAGUUUGUCCGAUUACCUUGGAGAUAAGAAGUUCUUUUCUGGAGAGAAGGUGAGCAGUGCUGCUAUUCCAUAUUUGUAA